AUGUUAAGCCCAGAAAUAUUGUUAAAAGAUGAAUGUGAAGUGCAGUAUUACGGUUUUAGUACAACACACUUCAUGGACGACUUUAAAGAUAUGGUGAAACAAAUCAUACAAAAUACUUUAACUGAAAUGGAGCAAGAAUUGACCAAUAAUGGAUGUAAUAAAGAUAAAAUAAAAAAAGGAAUUGAUGAAUUAUAUUUAUUGUACAUGAAAAGUGUGAACAGUACAUUAAAGAAAUUUGAAGAAGAGUUUAGAAAUAUAUUGACGAUACCUGAUAAUGUUUUAUUAGAAGAAGACAAGUUCAAAAGUAUCCCAGUUUCAACUGAAGAAUUUGAAAAUUUAAAUAAAGAUUUAAGGGAUCUUGAACAACAGCUCAUUCAAGAAAAGGUAUUUUUAGCAGCAUGUCAACAUCUAAAGAAUGUUUUUGAGGCCAAAAUUGAACCUGUUUAUAAGAAAGUGAAUAAUUUAUUUGCAAAAGGAAACAAGAUAUUUCCUAACCCUUCCAAACAAAAUGAAAAAUUCCAAAAUAUACUGUUGCAAUUCAAACAGAAGACUCUACAGAUUACUGAAGCUACAGAAGAAAGCCAUGAUUAUAGAACCAUCAUCCAAUUAAAGAAUGAAAAUUUUUUUCAUUAG